UAGCUAAUCGCUCACUCGCUUACUUUCAAUUCGCCAGUUUGUUCUGAUUCAGUGAAAUGGUUUGACAAUCCAAUUUUGGCGCUCCUUUUUUAGGAAAGCAAUUAGAAAUCAUUGUAUAUUUUUCUAAAAGAGUCAUUUUAUAAUCUAUCUUAAUUUAUGUACUUUGUUUCUCUAUUUUGAGUUGGAUAUGGCAGGGUAGGAAACUUUUACAAUUUUGGCAAAUAGUUGAUUGUUAUAGAUUUUGUAUGUUCCCCUGUAAUCUGAAUCUAAGGCCUGUAUUUGGGGUGUAGAUUGUGUCUAAAUUGGUGUAGUUCUUAAAUUGAGAUUUUUCUUUUAUCCUUUGAUAUUUCUGGGUCUAGUCAAAUUUAGUACUAGGCUUCCUCAAUGGUUCUUAAUUUCGAGGGAGCAGUACCAUGCAUAUGUUCUUCUUUUUCUCUAUCUUUUUUUCCCCAUAAUAUUUCAUUGAAGUUUUGGGGCUUUUUUUUUGGUCUAACAAGUUUCUUUUGACUGGUAAGUUUUGCGUACUACAGCUUUUUGUUGUCUUGAUUGGGGGAAGCCAUUUCAGGGAGAAGGUUGUUUUUUAUAUCUGGGUAUUGUUCCUUAAUGCAUGCACCUUAUUUCUAUUCUUUGGGUUUCUGGCUAUUAGUUUGUUUUGGUUAUGCAAUUUUAUGUCGUUUAGUUGGGUUGCCUGCAACAAUUUGAUGUUUUAAUAAACAUUUUCCUGGAGAAAAAUGGGUUUAAUGGUCUCUUCAUCAAAGCUCUUUUUGUGCUUCUUCUUUCAAGAAGUUUGAGAUUUCUGAUCUUUCUAUAGCGGGUUAUUUUGCUAGAAUCUGCCUGCAUUUAUUUGAUGGUCACAUAAGAGUUGUUUUGAGGUUCUAAUUUCAUGGUACCAUGAUCAGUUGACCCCCCUCCAGGGUUUUAAUUUUGUUGGAAGCUAGGUUGUCCCGUAAGAUUAGUCAAGGUGCGCAUAAGGGUCCAGAUAUUAAGAAAAAAGAAAUUUGUUGGAAGCUAACGUUGGGGUGGGCAAAGCCCUCCCAAGAAUUAUUGAGUUACAGAAAACAAUGCAGUGUGCUCCUUUAAGUAGUGAUUUUCAGAAAGUUUUAGACAAACGAAAGGAGUCGCUAGAAUUGAGACUGGAGGAAAACGGUUGUUCCAGAGGAAUUAAGGAUUCCAAAGUUUCUUCUUUUGCAUGGAGGAACUUUUUUUAUUACAGAUGUGCCGUCAUUAGUUUUCUUACAGUCGAAUCUGAUGGACUCUGGAGAAUUGUUGCAUUACCACUGCAAUACCUAGAUAGCGUGGAUGUGAGCUGCCUGCCUCAAAUGAAUCAAUUUACAGCUGAGAGAAAAUUGGUGCAGGAAGGCCCUGCCUCUACUGGUACAUACUCAUUUAAUUCAUUCAGAUGUAGAAGCUUGCUGGAGUCGAAUAAAAAGUUAUUGGAUAGUAAAGCCAUUAAGUCGUCAGAUAAAUCCUCUGGCAAGUUCUCUUGUACGAGUUCAUGCUCCAGCUCUGCUUUGAUGUCAAGUGACUCUAGUGCAAUCUCUGACAUCCCCAAUGGCAGAGCUAAAAUGCAGAGAUAUGGGAAGAAAAAUCCAAGAAAGAAGGCAAAAAAGAAAGAAAUAGAAAGUAAGAAGAUAUCUUCUGAAUUUGUCUCUGCUGAAACGGAAGUAUCAUCCAAGGAUUCUGCCUGUGGAAGUUUUUUGUCAAAAGCUUGUGGCAGUAAUGAUUCAGAUUGUAGUGAUAGAUCUGUUUUGUGUUCCAUUGCACAAGAAAUUUUUCUGCCAGAUUUUAGGGCCAGUAAAAAUGGUUUUGAACGAGAUUCUGAGAGGAUUAUUCAGCCACUUGGAACCGCAGAUUCAAUAUCCUUUGAAAUUGUUGAUGAGAAUGCAUCUGAGGUUUCAUCUUCUGCAAUAAAGAAUUAUAGUGAGUAUUAUAAAGUUUGUGGAUCCAGAAACCAGGCCCUAAUCAAAGUACCUGGUUGUGCCCAUGUCGAUGGGGGAGUAAAUUCAAGAGAGAGGUUAUUUGCUGACAGCUGCAAGGAUUUUUGCUUUAAGGAUUCUUUGGAUAAUAAUUCUCCAGAUUCUAAGUGUGUUAGUUUAAACAGUAACACUGAUAAUUUUAACUUGAAAUUAAAGGAAAAGAAAGGUUUUGGAGUUGAUUUGUUGAAAGAACGAAGUUCACCUUCUAAAGAGAACUACUGUUUUCGUAACACAGUAAGAGAUGUAGAUGUGAAUGCAGAAGUGGAGAGAGCCAAUCAUGGUAUUCGAGAAAGUACUGUUAGUGAAACUCGUUCAGUCUUACCUGGAAAGAAAACUAAACAAAAUAAAAAAUUGGCCGGGAGUACAAGGAUGAAUAGAUAUGGUGGUCUGGUGAGUUCACAAAGGCGUACAGGGAAGGAAAACAGACAUACUGUCUGGCAAAAGGUUCAAAGGAAUAAUAGUGGUGGAUGUUGUGAACAGUUGGACCAAGUAAGUCCUAUCAGCAAACAGUUUAAAGGCAUCUGUAAUCCUCCUGUUGGUGUGCAAAUGCCAAAGGUCAAGGAUAAAAGAACUGGGAACAGAAAACAGCUGAAAGAAAAAUUUCCCAGGAGGUUGAAACGUAAAAAUACUUCAGGACAAGAGAAGAUCUAUCAUCCUACUAGGAAUAGUUGUGGAAGUAAUACUAGUUCAAUGGUUCACAAAUCACCAAAUAAAAGUUUGGAUAUUCGAUCAAUGGGCUUUGACAUAAGAAGAUCAAGUGAUGAUCCAAGAUCUCGUUUUCAAAAUGAUACUACUGAUAAAUGCACGACUUCCGAAUCAUUUGAAAGUACACAAGUCUGUCUAGGUGGACUGUUGUCAAACAAACUUAUCUCCAAUGGUUUGAAUAGUCAAAAAGUAGAGAAUGACUCCAGCUCAUCACCAAGGUCAUGCGACUCCUUAAAUCAGUCAAAUUCGGUAGAGGUUCAGUCUCCUGUCUACCUUCCUCAUCUUUUCUUUCAAGCAACAAAAGGAAGUUCCUUGGCUGAACGCAGCAACCACAACAACCAACCUAGAUUACCUCUUCAGAACUGGUUGCCAAGUGGAGCAGAGGGUUUGACCACCUUGGCCAGACCUGAUUUUUCGUCUAUGAAAGAUGCAAGUAUGCAACCUGUUGGCACUUCAGAAAAAUCAAUUCAAGAAAGAGUCAAUUGCAACUUACUAAAUCCUGUUUCUGUUGUAAUUGAGGGGAUUCAGCAUUCUAGAGAUGGGAAUCAUGGUCCUUUAGAACAUGAAUGUGAGGUGCAGAAGAUGCAUGGCUAUGAUACAACCACACUACAGGAUCAUAAGUAUGAAUUUGAUGUGGAUGAGCAUUUUAGUUGCAAAUCCUCACGUGAAGAUGCUUCUAGAAUGGAGCAAGCAGUGAAUAAUGCAUGUAGGGCGCAAUUGGUAUCUGAAGCUAUUCAAAUCGAAACUGGUAGUCCAAUUGCAGAGUUUGAAAGAUUCCUUCAUUUGUCCUCCCCUGUUAUCAACCAGAGACCCAAGUUAAGAACUAGUGAAAUUUCCCCAAGAAAUCUGCCAGGUGAUGUGAUGCCAUGUAGCAAUGAGACGGACAACAUUUCCUUGGGUUGCCUGUGGCAAUGGUAUGAAAAACAUGGCAGCUAUGGCUUAGAAAUAAAAGCCAAUGGUCAUGAAAAUUCAAAUGGAUUUGGCGCUGAUAACUCUGCAUUCCGUGCAUAUUUUGUUCCAUUUCUUUCAGCUAUUCAACUAUUUAAGAGCCAGAAAACUCAUGUUGGAACAACUACUGGUCCUGUGGGAUUUGAUUCGUGUGUAAAUGAUAUAAAAGUGAAGGAGCCCUCGACUUGUCGUCUUCCAAUAUUUUCAGUGCUUUUUCCCAAGCCCUGUACUGAUGAUGCAAGCGUUCUGCGGGUUUGUGAUCAGUUUCAUAGUUCAGAGCAACAUUUGGCUUCUGAAAAGAGGAAAUGUUCAGAACAAUCGGUCAACAUAAAAUUAUCUGGAGAAUCAGAACUCAUUUUUGAAUAUUUUGAAGGGGAACAACCUCAGCAGAGAAGGCCAUUAUUUGAUAAGAUACAUCAGCUGGUCGAGGGAGAUGGAUGUCCACAAGGAAAAAUAUACGGGGAUCCGACCAUGCUCAAUUCCAUAACUUUGAAUGAUCUGCAUGCUGGAUCAUGGUACUCAGUGGCAUGGUAUCCCAUUUAUAGGAUACCAGAUGGCAACCUUCGAGCUGCAUUUUUGACUUACCACUCAUUAGGACAUUUUGUUUCUAGAACUCCCCAAUCUAACUCUCCAGAUACAAAUUCUUGUUUAGUUUGUCCAGUCGUGGGUCUUCAAAGUUAUAAUGCACAGAAUGAAUGCUGGUUCGAGCCUAGAAACGGUAAGCCUACAUUUACCCCUGGCUUAAAUCCUCCUAGAAUCCUUGAGGAGCGCCUGAGGACGCUGGAAGAGACUGCAUCUCUUAUGGCCAGAGCUGUGGUUAAGAAAGGAAAUCUGAACUCUGAAAACACGCAUCCAGAUUACGAGUUCUUCCUCUCACGGAGACUGUAGUUACAUAACCAGAGGUUUCAUGCUUAGAACUUAUCAAGGAGAUUCUUUCCUUUUGUCAAUAUUCUUGAGAAUUUAGUUUAGGUUAGGACCUAAUCUCAAGUAGGAUGUAAGAGAGCAGCUGAUCUUAGUCUGUAAUGCAUUUACACAAUGUUCUUUUUGUUACUUUGGUAUUUUCCACCUCUUUUCUCUAUCCCUUCAUAAAUACCUUCUAAAUUGGUAUAUUGACUAUAACAAGAUGAAAGAGAAUAAAUGAAGUAUCAACAAAA